AUGGCCGCGAAAACAGUGGAAGCUUCAUUUCCGUCAAACCUCGAGCGCUCAGUAGCCUCCUCGCUUCUCUACCUCUCCAAGAGCGAGAGCAGCGGCAGUCCGGAAAGCCUAGGCAGCUCGGGAUUUUCCACAGUGAAAUCGACGGGCGGAUCGGCGGCGGCGGCAAAGGUGUGCGUUGAUGAAGAAUCCUCGCCUGCGCAGCUGCUUACGGUGGUCGCUUUUGUCUCUGAGUCUGAUGAGUUGGAGGUCAAGAUUGUGCGAAAGAAACGUUCAGAGACCGUCUGCAUGUCACGCAGCAAGAAACCGAAGACCAGCAAAUCCGAGCUCACAUCUCCUCCCUCAUCAUCCGAGAGUGUUUCUGGAAUAACCACUGUCGAGGCCUCUUGCUUUUCCAGCUCAUCAAGUGCCCAAAGCUUUUGCAGUCAAAUUAAAUCUGAUGAUAACAGGAGAUCAGUCGGUACAGGUCAUCUGGGCCGAAAGGCUACAGCCAUUCUCGGCGUUCUGUCCUAUAGGAGUGCUUCUGAGGUUGAGAUCCGUCAUUUGCUUGGCGAUACUCCUACAACAAGCAAAGCCCUGAGGAUGUUGCUGAAGCUAGAAGAGGUGAAGAGAUAUGGAACUGGAGGACGUUGGGACCCUUAUAUUUACACGAUAGCUAAUUAA